GUUCGAUUCAACAUAGUUUUAUAUUUUGUUUUUUAAUAGAGCAAUGAAAUAAAAGACUAAUAUUAAACAUAACGUAAUCAAGAUUUAAUAGUUCUCACAAACAAAUUUAUACUCACUGUUUGAUAUAAUGCAGGUCGAAUUAAUGACCUGCCGAUGAACAAAAGAAAACAAACAGAUUUUAACUGUGUUAACAUAAAUCUCCAUUUUUUUAUGAUAUUUCUACAAUGAACCCAACAACCAGUUACUGUCGCCUCUGCGCUGAAUUAAAAUUACGCGACAAACUAGUAAACUUGCAGAUCGACAAGGAGUUAUGUCAAAAAGUUAUCAAUAAAUUGUCAAGGUUCCAUAUAACAAUAGAUUUCCAGGAUAAUGUACUACCUAAAACCGUGUGCCUCCUCUGCAUUAAGUCUUUAGAACAAGCAUUCAAGUUUAUCUGUGCAGUCAAUGAGGCACAGGCUUUUCUAAGUGAUUUUGUGAUGGUAAAAUGUACUGAAAGAGAUUUGGUCGAUAAUGUUGUCUCUUGUGAACUAGUUGACUGUGUUCCUAAACCUUUAGAUAGUGCGCAGGAUCCUAUGGAAAUAGGUGUUGAAGAUAGUUUUACAAAUGACCAAGUUAAAUGUGAAAACAAUAGUAGUAGUGAUGACUGUAAUUUUUAUGAGGAUAAAGGAUUUGAUUCUGUUAUGAUAAAAACAUAUUUAAAAAUUGAUCCCACUGUUAGUGAGCCUGUUCAUAUUGAGCCAAAUAAACCAAUGUUUAACAUUCUAGAUAAUUUUGCUAAUAAUACAAACUCAACUACUACUUUACAUGAAGAUAAAGAUACUAAAAAUUAUGAUGAUCAUGUUAUAUGCCAAGUUGUAAAAAUUGAAAACUUUGAUAGUCAAUGCAGUGAAAUGAUCGAAGAAAAACAUAGUACCAUCCAAGGAAAAAAAAGUAAAAAAAUUAAAACAAAAAUAUCACCAAGGAAAUCUACUGAAGUAAACAGUGGUGCAAACACCGAAACCUAUUCAGAAAAUGAUGUGAAUGAAUUAAUUGAAAACUUAGGCUAUGUCCCUGAACAGUACAUUACAAAGACCUGGCAGGAUUACCUCUGGCAAUGUUCUCAUUGUGAAACUCAAUUCACAACUAUGGAGAACCUCCAGAAACACUCCAUGGAGUUCCAUAAUAGCUGUAACUCUUAUAAAUGUGCUGAUUGUACCACUCGGAGUUCAAAUCUUAAAUUUUUCUUGAAACAUGUUCGGAAACAUCAUAAAUAUUUGCACUACUCCUGCUACAAGUGUUACAGGAUAUUUCCAAAUGUGGCCGACACAGGAAAACACAAAGCUAGAAUUCACAAGUACCGCAACAUGUGCCUUGGGUGCCACAAUAGCUUUCCCACUAAAGAACAAUUAAAAGAACAUACAGAAAAAUAUUACAAAAAGCUGUUUGACUCAAAAAAGUAUAACAAUUUGAGAACAGAUAAUUCCACAUGUAGAAUAUGCCACAAACAUUUUAAUAGUUACUCAAGCUACAAGCAUCAUUUCAUAACUCAACAUACGGAGGGAAGCAACAAUGUGUGUGAUAUAUGCGGCAAAAGUUUUAAAAGCAAAUCAGUUUUUAAUAAUCAUGUCGCUAUACAUAAAAAUCGGGAUACAUUCCAGUGUGAGAUUUGUAAAUUGCAUUUAAAAAGUCGGCAUGGUCUAAGAUAUCAUAUGGAACUCCACACUGGAAUCAAGCCAUUUGCUUGUGAUAUCUGCGGAAAAAGAUUUCGAGCGAAAAGUCAAAUUCGAAACCACCUUAUCAUCCACACUGAUCAAUUUCCGUAUGCCUGCACUGUAUGCGAUAAAAAGUUUCGUAAUAAUUCAAAUCGCAAAAACCAUAUGCUACAGCAUAGUGGCGCGAAACCACAUUCGUGUAAUAUUUGUUUUAGAGACUUUGCGAACCUUGCCAAUCGUAACAAACACGUGAGACGGAAACAUGGUGUUGAAUUGGCAAAGAGGAGACGUCAUGAGACCAACCAAGUGAAAGUGACUAGAGAAACACCAGAAGCACAAAAUAUUCAAAACCAAAUAGAUGAUAUUCAUCGUAACGAUCUCUCUGAGCCUUAGGUGAAAUACCACCGAAAUUCCAACCUCAAUAGAGUUAUUUUAAUGAAAAUUAUUCCGGUACCAAUUUAUACAAAAUUUUUUGGCGGGGAUUGAACCCGAGACUUCAGACUUCAUUCCAGUCUUGUAAACCAAUGAGGUGUCCGAAUCCGUUUCCGUUUCAUCAAUUAUUUUGUUUAAAAUACACAAAAUGUGAGAAAUAAAAUUAAUUUGUGCAAGUGCUGUUUUAUUGAACACAUCGAUUGACAUGACGGAAAUGACAAAAAAAUAAGAUAGGGCGAUAUAGUCAUCGGGAAGGUCAAAGGGGAAAUCUGUCUG